UACAUGUUCUGUUAAAUGCGAGAGUCUGUGAUCGUAGAUGAAUCUGUGUGCGCGUUUUACCUCCUUCUCGUUGCGUUAGUUUCCGAACAAAAUUUCGACGCCGCCGCGCCGAGAUAAAUUUGGAACAAAUGCCUCACAGAUGUAACCCAACUACGCUCCACGUUUCUGCCUUAGUUUCGUGUCGAGGAAUAUGCAAGAGUCACACGCGUGUCGUCUUUAUGGCGGAAAUCGCACUUGGAUAUUUGCAAGUGAGUUUACGCUGUGUUGAAAGGUCUCUUAAGACUCUGAGGAAUCAUCCAAAGAUUUGAAAAGCGAUCAAAAGAGUUUGAUCUUUCGUGACUGUAUAGUUGCAAUUAACUGUAAUUAUCAACAACCCUGUAACUUUAAACAUUUUAUAAUCAACGUUGGUCAAAGUCACCGUCUUCGUGUGCAUUGAGAUCAGUCUAUCUAAAUUGAUAUCAAUGGGUUUAUUCUUAAACAAAUAAAUAAAAAUAUUAUAAAUUCUACAAUUAUAUCAAUAAAUUUGUAGGACUAAAGAAAAUCUAAUUAUUAACAAUCAAAGCUAAGUGAUACAAGAUAAAGUAUUUUUACGCUCGUUAUGUAAAUGGAGAAUCUAAUAAAAGAAUACUUGCAAUUUAAAGAAGACAAGUAGAAAAUGGCACGUGCGCGAACAGAAGUGUUCGAUGUGGUGGAAAUGGAGAAACCGUCGAGAUGCAUCAGAUUCUUUCGGCUGUUGUGGAAAUUCAGCAGAUGCGUCUUCUCUCAUGUGACGUUAAUCUCUUUAGUGGUUGCUUAUUGUCUAAUCGGCGCAUAUGCCUUCGAAUCAUUGGAGGCGAAUUACGAGAGAGAGGUAAAGAAGAGCAUCAAGGAUAUACGAGGAAACGUUUCAGAAAAGCUAUGGGAAAUUACAAAGGACUUCGAAGUGUUGAUUCGCGAAAAUUGGACGGAACAGGCGUUGAGUGAGUUAAAGAAGUUCGAGGAUUGCCUUUUGAAAAAAAUGGAGAAGGAAGGAUGGGAUGGCAGUGAAGAAGAAGAUAAUAUUCAAUGGACAUUUGCCGGUGCUCUGUUUUAUUCCAUCAUUGUCAUUACGACGAUUGGAUACGGCCAUAUUGCACCAAAAACAAAAAAUGGAAAAGUGGUGACUAUUUUUUAUGCCAUUCUUGGCAUUCCGCUUAUGUUACUUUGCCUAUCAAAUAUCGGAGACGUCAUGGCAUCGAGUUUUAGGUUUCUGUAUUGGAAAGUGUGUUGUUAUGUAUGCACAAAACCACCGAAAAAACGUCGAGGGCGUAACAAUCUGGUUAGGUCGUAUUCUGUUCGUCAACCAGGACGAUAUGGAUCAAGCAGAGGUCCCUUUCGUCGAUCCAUCAGAGUGAGUCAACGAUCAGCUGACUCAGCUUUAGGGCUUUCCGAAAGUAUGACAAAGUCUUCCUAUUCUGAUACUGAUUGUAGGUAUAUGUCUCGACGAUUGGAAGGUGAACCAAAACCAAUCACUUAUGCAUCUUCUACAAAUCAUCCAAUGGAAGCUAAAGCCGCAACUAUGUCACGUUAUUCGGACAUUCCAGUAGCGACUCCGAAAAGCGUAAGAGCAAAUCCCAGAAUAACGACACAGUCGCUGGACAGAAAAUUGCUGAUGAGUCCGAACGACGCGGAUCGCUCGCCGGUUUUGUGCAACAAAUACGCAUUGGCUGAUUUAGAAGACGAAUCGUCCAGGUGGCAGCCACCUCAAAAUAAGGUCGAGAACUCGGAGAAACCGCAAAGCAACGAAACGGCCGAAGAGUUGGAUGGCGUUGAAAAGCGAACUUCCUUUAAUCCCAGAUCUUUGCCGAGACGAUGUCUUUCUGUGGAAGAAGCGACGACGAAUCAUAGGAUGAGUUCAUCGUCAGGACUCCGACCAGCUUCGAUCUAUUUAGAAAUGGAAUAUUUGAAAAGAUCGCAAUCUACCAAAAGUAGACGCACCAGAAGCAAUUAUUCUGUAGCGCGUUCUUAUAAACGGGGACCACCGCCGUCGCCGAGGAUUAUGUCGCCGAUGGGAUUUGCUGUACAUCGACAGGUUUAUGCCGACGAUACUGAUUUUGAUUACGAGUACUCUAUCGCUGCGGACGAUCAAGAACGACCGCCUACCAAACCCGUGCCUAUUUGGCUGUGUGUUUUUCUGGUUGUCAGUUACAUAUUUGGUGGCGCUUAUCUCUUCAAGGAGUGGGAAGGCUGGUUAUUCCUCGAUGCGGCUUAUUUCUGUUUCAUCACGUUAACCACCAUUGGUUUUGGCGAUUUUGUACCGAUGUACAAGUCGGACGCGCAGAAAAGCAUCGCCCUUUGUUCUCUUUACCUGCUAUUUGGAAUUGCCUUGCUGGCAAUGAGCUUUAAUCUGGUGCAAGAGGAGGUCAUCAACAAUGUGAAGAGCGUCGCGAAGAGGCUAGGUAUCAUCAAAGAGACUGACGAGGAGGCAGAAGAGGAAGAAGCCGAGGACUACGACGCCGAAUACGACGCCGAAUACGAAGAUGAGGUCUAUGAAAACGAGCCGAAACUCUGAUUUUAUGAUUUUUUGCUUACUAUUUGACAUACUCAAAGUCAUCUGUCUUUGCAUAUAUGAUACAUACAAGAUCCAGAAGACUUCUCAGUUCGCGUCUCGAUCGAGAAAUCUGGCACUUUUCGCUCGUCUUGUCAAAAAUAAAGCAGUACGAAAACGCAUCAAAUUAUAUUAAUUUAUACACAGUUUAUCUCAUAAUAUUUUUAAUUUAUAGAUAUUUCAAUGGCAUUAUUAAUAUUUUAAUUUCUUAGUUUUCAAAUUUUUUGCCUUUUCAUGUUUUAACAUGUUCCAUAUCUUUGAUUGAUACAAUAUCGAGAAAUACUAUUGUUACGAGAAUUACUAUUAUUAAUUGUAUACUAAUGGAAUAAUGAUAAAGAGGAAAACUACAGCUUGCGAGGAACAUUAUAAGGAAAAUAGUAUUGUAACUGUAUAAUAUUGCUGCGUACGUAUAUAUAUAUAUAUAUAUAUAUAUAUAUAUAUAUAUAUAUAUAUAUACAAGUCUGAAAAUUAAAUCUGUAAAAUGAAUAGAAUAACAGUCGUGAAAUGCAAGUAAAUUUACAUACACUUUGCAUAUUGGUAGCUUUAAUAUUAAAGUCGAUAUUUGCAUUUUCCUUUCAGAUUUUGUUCAAUAGUACAUUAUUCGUAAUAAAUUUUAGCUUAUUUACAUAUAGUUUAGAUAAUAUCAUUACAUAAAUAUUAUUGUAAUCAUUA